AUGGUGCCAGUUCACCCGGCGAUGUUGGAGCCAGCCAUCCCAGACCUUCAGUCGUUACAGCAUAAGGAAAGGGAGAAAAGAUGGAUGGACUCAAGCAAUUAUGACCGUAGACACAGAGUAAGAAACCUUCCAGACCUGUCUCCAGGAGAUCAAGUGUGGAUUACAGAUACAAGAUCUACUGGUACUGUGAUGUCUAAACAUGAAACACCAAGGUCUUACCUGGUUAGUGGAUCACAGGGUACUUUAAGGAGAAACCGUCGUCACCUUGUGCCCAUAUCAGCAGACAACAGCAGUGAAGCGCUUGGUCAUGCUGCAGAGGUUGACCCGCAAGAUACAGUAACAGAGACAGCGGAGGAGAGCACAUCUGUACUGGCAUUAGAUGAACCCUGUGGGGUUUACACUCUGCCAUGUACUCAGGGUCUGCGCUGUAUCCCUCCUCAUGGAGAGCAAAGCCCUCUUCAGGCACUGCUUCAAGGACGAGGGCUUUGCAAGAACAUUAAAAGUGCCGUUCCUGAUGUACCUCCACCUACUGAAAAAGGACCAUUGACUGCUGUAAACAAUGAAAAGGGUCCUUGUCGUAAAUUGUUAAAUGCAGUGCUCCAAAGUAUUGAGUUGACGGUCAUUUAUUCAAUCCAGGACAUCUACAUUCCUAACUGUGACAGACAGGGAUUCUUCAGGAGGAAACAGUGUCGCUCAUCACGAGGAAUGCAAAGAGGUCACUGUUGGUGUGUUGACGAGAAAGGAGAAAAAAUUACUUCUCGUAAAAAAGAAGACGGCACUAUUUCUUGUACCAGUGCCUGA